AUGUCCCAGUGCGCGGUGUGCCUCGAGACGUGCGCGGGGAAGUGCGCGGCGCUGGGGACGUGCGGACACGUCUAUCACGUGCGAUGCAUCUCGCGAUGGAUCGAACAGGGGCGACCGAGGGAACGUGGACGGGACGAAGGGGGACGGGGGGACGACGCGACGGCGACGUGUCCGACGUGUAAACGCGCGUUCGAUCAUCGACGCGACGUGGUGACGAUAUAUCUGGACGUUCGACGCGAUGAGGAUGUGGGAGUUGAGGGUGGUGGACGCGAGCUCUCGCGCGGGCGACGGCGGUCGACGAGCGAGGUGGGGGGGGGCGAGGCGGGGCGGUUGGCGGACGUCGCGAGACGGUUGGCGAGCGAACGCGAACGCUCGAGAGCGGCGGUUCGUAGCACUCGUACGCGAGCUCGAGGACGUCGACGCCUCGAUACGUGUUCCGCGCGGUGCCGAUGA